ACACACACACAUAUCAGCCCAAAGGCUGUGUACCAAACGAACCGGCGACCUCGCUACCCAAGCGAGCAGAGUCGAAAACAAAGCGCCAAAGAUAGGGAGCAGUUUCUGCAAUAACGCGGUCAAGAAGAAGCUUACAGAGCUCAGCAGCUACUUGCUGUUGCAAAACCUCAGCCCUAGCAGAAUCACUGAGUUGGAACUUGGAAAUGGCGUUUCCAAGGAGCCCUGAUUCCAGUAUGAGCAGCUGUGCUUCUACUUUGACGCUGAGCAGCUGCCCCAGCUCCUACAUCUCCAUAGGCAGCAGCAACCCAAGCUCAUUUACGGCCACGGCAAUAGUCCCCACCGAGACAGGGCUAGUAGCUCCAGCCGGACAUCAGGAUCAGGAUCAGGAUCCUCCGGAAUCAGCAGCGAAGUUCCCUAAGCAAGAAAUCAAUGGCUGGGAGCAUCCAUACCUCUGUUCACCAUCCAAGCAACUCAAGAACGUAAGUACUUCCAUCAAGGAGAUCAGUCGCUGGGCAAGAUCUUCGCCGGGAGUAAAGGUGAACUCAAAUAUCCGGCUCUUGGAGUCCGUACUUUCUUUGAUACAAGUGGUAACUUCGACAGCACCACACCCAGAUCACAUCGUCGACAUGAUACGGGUCCAUGAUGCGCUUGCUAACCUGUUGCUUGUCCUGCCCAAGAACAUCUUCCCUUUCCUGGUGCAAAAUUUCGCUCAGAUUGUAGAUGAAUUAAGCCCAAAGGGAGGUGCAUCUUUAUCAGCAAGGUUUGAGAAGACACUGCAUGAUUUGCGAAGAAGCAUAAGGAGUGGUCUUCAGGUACUCAAUGUCAAGAUCUUUGAUUAUACAUCUGAAGUAGUCCCACAAGGUGGUGGUAUCCAUGAGAUCACCAAAUAUUUGUUGAAAUAUAUCGUGUCACUGCUGGACAAUGGCAGAUCUCUCAAACUCAUACUUGUCGGCGAUGAACAGGAUCAGGAUGGCAUGGUUGAAAUGGAGACGCUGCAAGAUGCUGUUGCUACCUUGAUCUGUCACUUGGAAAUCAUGCUUGAGAAAGAAUCUCAUCGAUAUAAAGAUGCAGGGUUGAAACAAAUGUUCAUGGUGAAUAACGUGAGCUUUGUGUUGCAUCAAGUAGAAGGCUCAGAGAUAAAGUAUCUUCUAGGAGAGGAUUGGGUUCUGAAGCACCGAGACCAACUGAAGGACCACAUCUCACGGUUCAUCAACAUUUCUUGGGAAUCCGUCAUGUAUUGCUUCCAUGCAAAGACCAACAAAAUCCAAAUCUUUUCUAGCCUACCAACACUGCAGAUAUUUAACAUGGAAUUUGAGAAAACUUACUGGACUCAGAAGACAUGGAAAGUUGAAAAUCCUCUGCUCCGGUCCAAUAUGCGUAAAUCAGUAUCAGAGAAGCUUGUCCAGGCUUACAGUACAUACCUUGAGAAUCUCAAAAACAAAGCUCCAAAGCUUAUGAAGUACACCCCUGAAGAUCUUGAAGAACUGCUGUCAGAUCUGUUUGAAGGAUAAUGGGCAUAGCUAAAAAGAGGAUAAAGCACAGAUGCAUGUGACAAUACUUGUCAACAAAUCUGAAGGAUAAAUGGCCCCUUGAGCUAGGAGGAAGAUCCGAUUCAGAUGCAUGCUUCCAAAGCUUGCGUACUGAAUAUGGAACUGUAACUGAUAUAUCCUUGAUAUGUUAAGAUUGAACUGUACCUGAGGUUCUAGAAGUUGUGUGGUUGCUGCAGUGUGAACUAUGUAUAAAUUUUGCAAGUAAACAACUAACACACACUCCCUCUGUCUCAAAAUAUAAGACGUUUUCUUGACACUGUCAUAGUCUGACUUAAAAAAAAGUCUUGCAUUUUGAGACAGAGGGAGUACUGUUUUCCGCACCAAGAAAAACAACUCUCGAACCAACUAAUGGAGCGUGGCAUGCCGCCGCGCACUAUCCGGUAGUAGUUGGUUAUAAAGAGUUGCAUUUCUGCAGGGUAUAGUACUGUUGUAAUAUUCAGCAGAUGUUGUGUUGACGGGGGCAGCACUUUAA